AUGCUAGAAACUCCACCUGGAUAUCCCUUUGAAGAGAUCAAUUAUGAGGAUAUUGAAGUUGAAGAGGUGGUGGGCAGAGGGGCUUUUGGGGUUGUUUGUAAAGCCAAAUGGAAAGGAAAGGAUGUGGCCAUUAAAACUAUUGAGAGUGAAUCCGAGCGAAAAGCCUUCGUGGUUGAGCUGAGGCAGCUGUCCCGUGUUAACCACCCCAAUAUUGUGAAGUUGUAUGGGUCCUGCAAUAAUCCUGUCUGCCUUGUUAUGGAAUAUGCUGAAGGUGGAUCACUUUACAAUGUGUUGCACGGCGCCGAGCCCCUCCCCGUCUACGCCGCGUCUCACGCCAUGAGUUGGUGUUUACAAUGUGCUCAGGGAGUGUUCUACCUGCACGGCAUGAAACCAAAGGCCCUGAUCCACCGGGACCUCAAACCACCCAACCUUCUCUUAGUUGCUGGAGGCACAGUGCUCAAGAUCUGUGACUUUGGAACGGCCUGCGAUAUUCAGACACACAUGACUAAUAACAAAGGCAGCGCGGCGUGGAUGGCCCCAGAAGUAUUUGAAGGCAGCAAUUAUAGCGAGAAGUGUGAUGUGUUCAGCUGGGGCAUCAUUCUGUGGGAGGUCAUCACUCGCCGGAAACCCUUCGACGAGAUCGGAGGUCCGGCGUUUCGCAUCAUGUGGGCCGUGCACAACGGCACCAGACCCCCUUUAAUCAAGGGCUUACCUAAGCCCAUAGAGAGUCUGAUGACACGCUGCUGGUCCAAAGACCCGUCACAAAGACCCUCUAUGGAGGAGAUCGUCAAGAUCAUGACCCAUCUGAUGAAGUUCUUCCCCGGAUCAGAAGAGCCCUUGCAGUACCCGUACCUGUAUUCAGAUGAAGGCCAAAGCAACUCAGCCACCAGCUCUGGGUCUUAUGUGGAAUACACCAGCACCAACACAAGCAACAGGAGCGACGCCAACAUGGAGCACAGUGACUCUCAAGGGAGCAACGACACCAUCAAGAUCACGCCUCAGUUCGCUCCUCACUUCAGACCAAAGGGAGACCCGCUCAGGACCCUGCCUUUGUCCAGAGGGGGCAGUGUGGAGAGCCUGCCGGUGAGAACGCAGGGCCCGGCCGCUGCUGACAAGAGAAUGAGCGCAGACCUCUCCGAGUUAGAGCCGAAGAUGACGUUUGCUUCUGCAGCACGGCCACAGUAUAAACGAGGCCACCGCAAAACUGCUUCAUAUGGCACCAUUCUGGACAUCCCCAAGAUCGUCGUGACAGCCACGUGCGAGGCCCAGCGGCGGCGCUCUGUCCAGGAUCUACCCGCCUUCUGCAAUGACUCCAGCCAGGGAAGCAGGAACAGCAGCCGCUCUUCCAGUCCGAGUGUGCGGAUGCUGCCCUCAGACAAGACCAGUAACAGAGCCUACUGCUCUCCAGACGAUGGUUCAGACACCAACGGCUCAGACAACUCCAUCCCGAUGGCGUAUCUGACCUUGGACCACCAGCUGCAGCCGCUGGCUCCGUGUCCUAACUCUAAAGAAUCGAUGGCGGUGUUCGAGCAGCACUGUAAAAUGGCUCAAGAAUACCUGAAAGUGCAGACGGAGAUCGCGCUGCUGAUUCAGAGGAAGAAGGAGCUCAUCGCUGAACUGGACCAGGACGAGAAGGACCAGCAGAACACCUCCCGUCUGGUGCAGGAGCACAAGAAGCUGCUGGAGGAGAACAAAAGCCUGUCCACCUACUACCAGAAGUGCAAGAAACAGCUGGAGCUCAUCCGCGUACAGCAACAGAAGAGGCAGGGCACGUCAUGA